AUGGCCUCCAACGCCAGCAUCGAGUCUCUCACUGACUCUCUCAAGCGCAAGUCCCUCACGCCCCAGCGCAAGCACCACAAACUCCUCAAGGACGGCAGCGAGGUCUGGUCACAAGAGGUCGAAAAGAUCUUCGUUGACGGCCUCCACAAGUACUGGGAGUCGCCCUGGGCAACGUAUUCUCGCGGCCGCAGUCGCUGGCGCAACCAGUUCCUCGUCGAGCAUCUCAAGAAACAUGGCAUCGACCGCUCCAAGAAGCAGGUCGCGAGUCACAUCCAGGUCCUGCGGAAUAUGUGGAGAGGCGAGCCCGAAUUCCACCUCGUAGCCGGAGGCGAAGAGCUCUUCCAGGAGAACGGUCUUUUGGCCUCGCCCCAGAGC